AUGUGGCUUUCUUCUAGUCUCACUUGUGCCGUCUUUGGUGACACGUCGCUAUCUGCAUUGCUACCAUUGGUAUUGCUAUUUUCUAUUCCUGGCUUGCUCACCAAAGCUGACUUCCUAUCCCUUCCCUGGGAUGUGUGCUUCCUUUUGGCUGGAGGCUCGUGUCUGGCAUUGGCCGUGAAAGACUCACAGCUGUUGGAGAUUGCAUCAAGCGGGGCAUCUCAGAUUCUUCACGGUGCGCCUCUGUGGGUAUGCAUCGUCGGUACUGUUACCUUCGUCACACUAUGUUCAACGGCUGUCUCCCAUAUUGCAGCUGCUAAUGUGCUCAUGCCCUUCAUCGUAGCCCUAGGGGAUGAGGUUGUCCCUAAGGGUAUUAGAGGAGGAGUUACCCUGAUAGCGAUGCCAGCUGCCUUGGCCCUCUCCGCUGGCUCAGCCUUACCGGUGAGCUCAGCGCCCAAUGUCAAUGCUACUGCUAUCAAGCGGCAGGGAGAUGAUAACAGACCGUGGCUCCAACCGAAAGACUUCAUCAUUCCAGGAGCUGUGACUUCUGUGGUGGCAGUAUUUGUUAUCUCCGGAUUGGGAGCAGUUAUGAGUGAGGCAGUAGCCUGA